GGUCCGGGAUCAUUUGCGGUCCUGGGAUCAUUUGCGGACCCGUACAGUUCUGUUGUUAAUUUUGAAGUUCUGUAUUAUCUAAUGAAAAAUUAAGUUCCGAACAGAAUCAAGUCAAGUUUUAUUUGGAUUUAGCAGCUUUUACUCGGUGUUUGCUACUACUUGCCUACCUUUACGGUUAUUUGUAAGAUAGUAAUUUCAUUGCCACUUUAAUUCUACUCGGUCCAGACGUCAAAAUAAACACGCGUCAAUGAACUUCCGGUGAACAUGAUUGAAGGCGAGCAAAGUCUUCUUAUUUCACCACAUUUCCAGCUAUUAAAAUUCAGAUCUUUUCAAAUCAGUCCACAUGAUCAAACUAGGCAUCAUGCGGUCAAGUUGCGCGUUUGACGAAAACGAAACUCGCCUGCAACAAUGACUGUGGGCAUAUCAAUGGCACUUCGCGCCUCGUCCAGCAUCUUUGAAAAGUCGCCCCAUUUCCAGUGAACCUGACUAGAGGUCAGUAUGGGGUACUCGCUUCAUGCUACGGCUAAACGGUUGAGUGGUGACCAUGGUAUCCCCUUACGAGAAGUUACUGGAAGUUAGAGGAUGUGUUUGUGAAUGGUUCAGACCAUGCCACGACUUGAAGGUCACCGCUAAGAAAGUUACCGUGCAAUCAGGAACUCGCUUGUAAGUGAUAACUGAAAUAUAAGAACGUUCAAAUGGGAAAUGUUAAUUGCGUUCUCUUUAUGUACGACCUAGAUGGUGGAUGAUAUGGGAAACACUUUGUUUCCGUCCGGUCGUAAACUUGGCCAAGAUUUAGCGUCCAAGAACAUACAGCGUGGAAGAGAUCAUGGCUUACCAGAUUACAACUCUGUCAGGAAGGCGCUUGGGCUAAAGGGACUCAGCAGUUUCUCAGAGAUCACAAAAGAUUCCAAGACUGCCGAGAAGAUGGAGGAAGUUUACCAAGACAUUAACAAUAUAGACUUAUGGGUUGGAGGACUGGCCGAGGACCACGAGAGUGGCAGUGAACUGGGAGAGACUUUUAGAACGAUCAUGAUGCGUAAUUUCUUGAGAAUCAGAGACGGUGACAGGUUCUGGUACGAGCAUUAUCUCUCUGAAGAGGAAAUAGACAAGGUCAAUUCUCUCACCUUAAGCGAGAUCAUCCGCCUAAACACUGGAUUCAAAAGCGUGCCAGAAAACGUCUUUUUCUCCUCGGAUUACUGCGCAAGCGUGAAAGACUUUCAGUGUGUAGCGAAAGAAGAAGGCCCUACGGUAACAGAGGCUGAAACCAGCAACACCGUGAGAAAUGUUUUGAUAGCGGUCAGUGUUGUCAUGUUCGUGGUCGUGGUCAUACUUGUAGUGCUCCUGGUCCGGUUCUGUAUCCGUUUGCGGCAAAGAAGGCGGAAAGUUGCCCCAGUUAAGGAGGAAAAGGAAGUUCACCAAAAUAGUGGGCUCAGUGUGGAAGAGAUUUCCUGAUUCCCUAUCAAGCGACUGUUAGCUCAUCCAGUCGAUGGAACAAUUGUUGAUUUUUUUUUGUGUGUGUGUGUGUGUGUGUGUGUAAAUCUUCCCUAACUAAUAUGAUAUCAUUUUCACUAAUAAUAUAGAUAUAAAGCCACUUACUGCCCGAGCAAAGGUAAAAUAAGAAUGGUAAUAUUGAGCCGAGGUAGGAGAUAACACAACAAAGAUGCACAAAAUAAGUAGAAGUCUCCAAAGUGCACGUGGAUUAACACCUUGAGAUGGGUGGACAAAAAAUUGGAUACAAUUUACCACCACGUAACUUUGCGAAAGGGGCGGGAAACCUGAAUUAUAGCGCUUAUAUUAACAGGCGGGAUUCUCUUUAAUGGGUGAAUGUAGCACGGACUAGUUUCGUGGACUAUUCUACAGUUAGAAUACCGCGAACACAACGAAAAGUUGUCACGCCAGCAAUUGUGAUCAAACGGAACUCGCUAUCAACUUGCAUCUGUUUCUCCGACUACAUUAACCAAACGUCCUAAUGCAAAAAUGCAUCUAGUAAUUAUACAUCGGUUUGACUCACGUGAAACAUAACUCGGGAAUUAUAACAUACUUUAACCGAAAAUGUAAGUUUUGUUAUACAGCGGAAAUUUUAGCAAUUUUUGACCACAGCCACCGUCGAUAAAACAAGUAUUUUAUCCAACGUGUUGCUCUCUCUUUUAACAAAGACCACCCGACUAGACUACUUGGACAACAAGGAAGGAAGGAAAGAAUUAAAGAAUUAAGAACAAAACUGUUAUUAAAUUAUUCAAUAUUUAAUAUACUGUUCAAGAUACUCAGUCCAAAAUGCCUUCCGUUUUCAGUUCAAAUUUAUUCCAAACAGUUCCAGCUCCUUCUUCGAUGAGCGCGUACGAUAUUGUGCGAGGGACUGUAGCUCAGUAACGCGCUAGUGAAAAUCAUAAUCUUGCCGGGUACACACGUUACAAAAGAAUAUUAGAGACACGCGGAUAGCUUUUAAGAUUGAAGAAGCUGAAUUUGGUCUUUCGUAAAAUCCCAUUUUACACCACACAAAGCCAAGUUGCCUUACAUUUUCCUAGUGCCUUUGUGAGAGCUACAGAACCGUACGAGCGGGUGAUAGUAACGCGCCGAAAUUUCCAAUAAAAUGGUCCUGAAUUAAAGUCUAGUUGUCAAUCUAGGAAUUUUUGUCACUAUAUUUAAUAAGUUUGGCAUUCUCGACCCCAGACCCUUCGCAAAGGAAAAGAGUACUCGAGAAUGGUGAGUUUGGAAAACGUAAAUAUCUGAGAUUGUCGCAGUGACUCAACAACACCAGUUUCUCUCUGAAUUUGUCAAACUGUACCAUAACCUGUGGGGAGUAUUAAUACUGGCUAUAGGACUGAGUGGAGUCCAAUUCGGUCUGUAAUCAUACAAGUGAUUAACAAAAUC